AAUGUGCUUCUGUUUCUCCCUCUGCAGAUUCCAGACGGUCUAAUUGGAGUUUGCUACGUGGAUAGUCUCUAUUAGGAGGAAUGUGUUGUUUAAAAUAAGUGUGUGUUUGCCCACAAGGAUCUGAUAUCUCUCCACCUUUGACCUCUUUGAGGGCAUAAUUGCAGUAUGGCAAGGUCUCUGUGACCUUAAGUAUCCCUGAAAGAAUCAACGGCAGGGUGUAAACAUUUCAUUUGAAUACCAAAGAUACCUGGAAUAUUACAAUCUUCAAUUGCAAAGCAGUUGACCAUGGCAACCAAAUGGAAAGUAUCCAUGGAAACCACAAACUCUCUCUGGCUCUUGUUUUGGACCAUAUGGAUUUUUUUGGCUGGAGUUUUACAUGCAACCGUGGUUAAUGAAGAUGAUGUCACGGCACGCAUCAGUUUCUCAUAUAAUGCAGAAGGGCGAUCAGUGAGAGAGUUCUCUGUGGAUGGUGUGUAUAACUAUUCAACUCUUCUGCUGAGCCCAGAUAAAAACAAGAUCUACGUGGGAGCCAGGGAGAACAUAUUCUCUCUCAGCCUGGACAACAUCAGUGUGACGUAUCUACAGAAAACACUCACAUGGAGCACUCCAGAAAGGAAGAGGAAGGAGUGUAUCUUCAAGGGAAAGGACCCCCAGACUGACUGUUUUAACUACAUCAAGAUUUUACUGCAUUUGAACAGCACACACCUGUAUGUGUGUGGAACAUAUGCCUUCAGCCCCAUCUGCGCUUACAUUAACAUUUCAAGUUUCUCUCUGGAAAGAGAUGAAAAGGGGGAACCCGUUAUGGAGGAUGGCCGUGGACGCUGUCCAUUUAAUCCAGAAUACAGAUCUACAGCUAUUACAGUGGAUGGGGAACUGUACACUGCUACUGUCAGUAACUUCCAGGGAAAUGAACCCACCAUAUAUAGGAGUCUAGGGACUGGCACCCCUCUCAAAACGGAGAACUCUCUCAACUGGCUCCAGGACCCAGCGUUUGUAGGUUCUGCUCAUAUUACAGGUCAAAACAGUGAGAGAAGUGAUGAUCAGAUCUAUUUUUUCUUCAGUGAGAUGGGAAAGGAGUUCGACUUCUUUGAUAACACUAUAGUGUCCAGGAUUGCACGUGUGUGUAAGGAGGAUCAAGGUGGAGAGAGAGUCCUGCAGAAGAAAUGGACCACAUUUCUUAAAGCUCAACUCUUGUGUUCGCUACCUGAUGAUGGUUUUCCUUUCAACAUCAUUCAGGAUGUAUAUGUGCUUCCAGCCCAACGCAAGAAAAACACACUCCUCUAUGCAGUGUUCACUUCUCAAUGGAGUAAAGGUCUAGCAGGCAGUUCAGCAGUGUGUGUGUUCAGCAUGGAUCAGGUAGAACAAGCGUUUACUGGCCGUUACAAAGAGGUGAACCGAGAGACACAGCAGUGGUACACACACACUCACUCUGUACCUGAACCACGACCUGGAAUGUGUAUUACCAAUGCUUCAAGGCAGCUGGGAAUAGACUCAUCCCUGGAUAUGCCAGAUAAGGUACUAAACUUUGUGAAAGACCACUUCCUGAUGGACAGACCUGUCAAAAGUCAGCCUGUGCUCUUCACGCACUCUGUGCACUACACACAAAUCGCUGUACACCACGUGCAAGGCCUCCACAGAGCUUACGAUGUGAUGUUCAUCGGCACAGAUGAUGGACGUUUACAAAAGGCUGUGAAUGUAGCUGGUACGAUGCACAUCAUUGAGGAGAUCCAACUGUUCCCAGAAAAACAGCCUGUACAACACAUUGAGCUGGAUUCGGCUAAGGGUUUGUUAUUUAUGUCAUCACACUCUGGUAUUGUCCAGUUGCCUGUAGCAAACUGCAGUUACCAUAACAACUGUGGCGAGUGUGUUUUGGCCAGAGACCCAUACUGUGCUUGGACAGGAACACACUGUACUGACGUCACACGAAUCACACCACAAAAACAAUGGCAGCAAGAUAUUGAGGAGGCUGACACUUCAUCAAAAUGUAACGGCACAAUGUUCAGUGUGGACUCUGAAAGCUCAGUGUUACCACUUUCUUUCCCAAAUUCCCAAGCAUCUAAUUGUGAGAUCAUCAUCGUCCCAGCUAACACCCUUCGCCUGCUGCCCUGCAAUCUUCGCUCCAAUCAUGCCCACAGAAAAUGGUUAUACAAGCCAGAUGUAGGUCACUUCCUGUUCCCCAGCCCAGAUGGUGGAUUAGUAGUCAGCGGCCGAGCAGGCGGAGAUGAGGUCUUCUCUUGUUGGUCAGGAGAACAUGGCUUCUGGCAACUUUUGGCCAAUUACUGUGUAAAGGCAGAGCCUUUAUCCGAGACCACAACCAAUACUGGGCAGAUGGAUGCACCUCUUAUAAUCCAAAGCAUAUCGUCGGACAUCCUGUCCGGUGAAUCGGCACGCUCUGCUCAACCUCGCAUAAAGACGUAUGCCACAGAGCUGGCAGUAGUGUGUGUUUUGUUAGCUGUGUGUGUGCUUUCGUUCGGGCUGUCGGUAGCCUAUAGACACAGGGGCCGGAUGAAGGAGGUACUAAGAGGGGGAGAACAAACUGGAGGAGCCCAAAAGAGCACAGUCAGGCCUGGGGAGAGUGUGCCCCUCAAUGCUGGUGUGCUUCCAACCUCCCCAUCCGACCACAAAAGCUACCAGACUUUGGAGGAAAACUGCGGUUACAUAAUCGCUCCAUUAGAGACAAGCACGCAGCACAACUCCAAGGAAGCACAGACACUCGCCCAAACGCCACAGAAUGGGUUCAAAGAAAGUCAUGUGGAGGUCAGUGACAUUAGCCCUCGCCCCCGGGUACGACUGGGCUCUGAGAUCAGAGACUCUGUGGUUUAAAACAUAGACAUUGCCAAUGAGUUUAUAUGAUUUAUGCAUAAACAAUCUAACAGUCUUAAUGUUCACUUGGGCAGCUUUCAUGAAGACUAAGCGUACUGAGCCCUGAGUAUUAAGAAUAGAUGUGACGUGCUCAGUGUGCGAAUUGCCAAAUUUGAGUUAUUCAAGACAAUGCCCUCAAAUCUACUC